AAAUACUUAAAUAAACACAACUGUGUAUGAUAACUUGAUUAAUUUAAACUUCAAAUUCUAUUUAGUAGGAUUUCACCACAUGGUUAGUAGGUUGAAUUUCACUUUUAACCGACAGAUUUGAAUAUAACACGGCAGAUACACGAGACCAUCGAAUAACCUAUUUUUUUUUAUCAGCUAUUACAGCAAGGUUAUGAUUUUUUUUUUAAUUUGACUGUUCAUUCGUAACAUUGAUCAUUUUUAAAAAUAUUUCAUAUUAAUACCCAUUUGCGGUAAUGGUACAUGAUCGUAUUAUGGACUGUAGGCCGCAUUCUAAGGGUUUUAGAUGUACCUACAACUACUAGAUGUAACAACAUGUAAUAUUGUUUAAUAAUAAAAUACCUACGUCAUUAAAUACUUGUUGGAUUUCAUAAUCCUCUUAUGGUCAUUUUAUUAAUGUACAUCUGUAAUUAUGUAAAUAAUAAUAGGCUAGGAAGGUACUUAUGACUGUUGAAGUAAUCGGUAGCAAUUUAGAAACGAUAUAAAUAUAUACUUAAUUAUAAUAUAAAGUUAAUUGUACAUGAUGCAUCGUACUACAAUAUUGAAUAUAUUAUAAAGACAGAGUUCUUCGUUGUAUCUAAAUUAUGUAUGUAAUUAUAAAAUAAUUUGCAGAUACAAAUAUGUAUAAUUUCCGAAUAGAUUAAUAAAUUGCUUCUAAAAAUAUGUAUUAAAUUAAAUCCUUUUUGAAAGAAAAAUAAAUAUGAAUACAGUUUUGUCAAAUGAUUAACAGCAAUAUUAUAAAGUACCCGGCACUUAUAAUGACUAAACCUCACAGAAACAGAAGAACAAAACACAUUUUUACUUUAUUUGGGACACACGGGCAUAAUUAUAUAUCAAAGAAAACAAAUGAUCAUUAAUGAACGCAAAAAAACGCACUUCGUGUUAAGUCUAUAAUAGUGUAGAGGUUCUACGAAUAUGCUUCCUCUCAGUAUAUAUGCACUAGUUAUAACGCAUAAGUUACAAUAAUCAUAAUAAUUAUCAUCAAAUUAUCUGAUAAAGAUUUACAUUUUUUAAUGAAUAGAACUCAAGGAAUACAGGAAUCAGGUAAAUUAUUCAGUAAAAUACAUUUUUUUUUUAAUAAACAAGUUUAGAAAAAAUAGUAAAUUGGUACAAUAUUACAAAAAAAUUAUAUAAUAUAUUUAUUAAUUUCCACUUGGUUAGUAACUGAAAUGCAUGUAUAGUUAUAUACUUACACAAGACAGUACUCGUUCUAAAUAACGACUUGAAUAAUUAUUUUCAUUAAAAGAUUCAUAUUAUUAUAAUAAAUAUUAAAUAAUAAUCCAUAGAUAUUUGUAAGUUUAUCCAUACAUUGUAUUAUAUUAAAAUAAAUCCAGUGAUAUAGAAAUAAUAUAGAAUAUACUGAUAUUCAUAAAGAAAAACAGUGAAAUAUAUUUGUCUUGUACAAGUAAAUAAUGUUAUUUGACCGUUGAAAAUAAAUACAAUCUUAAAAUCAUUAAUGCAUCCAUUUAGAAAGGCGCUUACAAGAUCAUUUACAAAAAUUACAAGACAAGGGUAGCAUUUUAAUGAAUGUUCAGCAAAAUCAAUCGACAAUACGAAAUUAGUCAAUAUUUUUGAUACAUUAUGAUUAAAAAUACAUUCUUGAUUGGAUGUUAGUUAAUUUUUGAAGUACUAAUUAACCAAAUGAGUGAAAUCCUAAAAAAAAAUAUGAGCAUAGACAAUAUAAUAUGAUAUAUGAUAUAAUAUUAAUCUCGUGAAAAUCAAUACUUACCUAACCAAAUAAGUUAUAUGCAUAAAUAUAAUUAAAGACCACAGCUGGAUAUUGUAUAAUAAUAAUUAUUGAUGAUUUGAAAGUCAUUAGUUUUAUCUAUAAGUAUUAGUAUAGGUAUCAGGUAUCUGUAUAAUAUGUAUGUUUACAGACAAUAAUAAAACUGUAAGAGAUAAAAAAAAAUUACGCUUGAGUGUGUAGGACGUGGGUACUUUUAUAUUAUUAAUGUUUGCCCCAUUCUUCCAAACUCCAAAGAAAAAAAAAGAAAAAAUUUACCGCUUGAAAUUAAAUUAAAGAUAUUUGAACUAAUAAAUAAAACGUGAAUUAAUAUGUAAAGGUUUUCAAGAACACCUCGAAGGUAAAAGAGUUUCAUCCUUCACAAUUUCUCAAAAUGGAAAAUUUUGGGGCACAGUUUACGGUCUGCAACACAAAAUCAUGUUUACAAUCUUCCGUAUCGUUAAUAAAUUGUAUGAAUGAAACUGUCGAACCAUGCGAAGAUUUUUAUGAAUUUGCUUGUGGUAUGUUUGAAACCAACUACCCUUACUAUUCAAAUUCAAAUGAAAAUAGCUGGGUAACAAUAAUGUCGUUAAAAAUAAAACACAGAGUGAAAAAAUUUCUCAACAAAGAAAAUGAAAUAUUCGAACCAAAUGCAGUUCACAAAGCUAGGAAGUUUUACCAAGCUUGUAUAAAUUCUACUAAAGAUCAAGCUUCAAGCAAUUAUGAUCCUUUAUGGAAAGUUUGGGAAAAAGUCGGUCUAAACACAGAAUACCUAAAUGAUUCAGUUCCAUUGGAAAUCGAAACAAUUUUAGCAAGAGUUAAAUUAUAUUUUAAUCUGGAUAUUUUUUUUGAAAUGUAUGCUGACGACGAUCCUAGGAAUUCAUCAUCACAUUCACUUUUAACUAUUACUCAAAAUUGGGAAUCAAAUAAGUACAAAAGAAGAAACAAUAUGAAAACAAAUAAAGUUGAUAUCGACGACUCUUUGCCAAAAUUUACCGAAUACUUUAAUUUAUUGGUUGAAAAAUUAUUAAAUCGUAAUCAACCAUAUCUAAGGAAGCUUAAAGUUGAAGAUCUCACGAACACGACCAAUGAAUUAGUAGAAUUUGAGGAAGAAUUUUCACAAGUUCAACGAAAUACAUUUAGUUUAAAAAAUGACAUUCCUGAAAUAGUUACACUAGGAGAAUUUCAAAAUUUUACAGAUACAGCAGGAGAGACAUUUAAGUUUAAUUGGACGUUGUAUCUGAGAGAGUUAACUCGUGAUAUCCAACCAAAAAUUUAUGAAAUAUUGUCAUCAGAAAAUGCUGAUAGUUAUGAACUUUUAGUAACCAACAGAGAUUUUUUAAAUGACGCGUUUAAAUUAUUAUCUCAAACACCAACAAUAAUUUUAAAAAUGUCAAUACUAACUCAAGUGUUAACUAUUUUGGAUAUUCAUUUUCCUUCUGGAGAGAAAUUUAAUUCCGAACAUUGUUUUUCGUUGACUAGUGAAUUUUUUGGAAUGGUCACCGGGUAUUCUAUGAUAAACACGUUAGACAACUCUUCUAAAGUUGCAUUAACCGAAAUGACUGAUAAUAUAAAAUGGGCUUUACGUAAAAUGGUUAACGAAGCGAGUUGGAUGGACGAUGAAACGAAAAAUGCUACUUUACGAAAACUAGCCAAUACGAAAACUUUUUUCGGAUACCCAGACAAUUACGAAAAUAUAAUAAACAAUUUACUCGAAAAUUUGACAGUUACGGACAAUCACAUAGAGAAUAUAUUAUCGAUUUCGAUGUUUAGCACGGCGAGUGAUUGGAAAUAUUUAACGGAAGAUAGAGAUUGGGAAAAUCAAACGUGGGCAGUAACUCCGGAUGAAGUAAAUGCGUACUGUUAUAAUUCAAUGAAUGCAUUUUUCAUGCCAGCGGCAAUAUUACAAGCUCCGUUAUUCAACAACGGCGUACAGGCACUUAAUUACGGAGCCACGGGCAGUACUAUUGGACACGAACUAUCUCACAACUACGACAAUACCGGCAGGCUGUACAACGAGCUGGGAAACGUGGCACAGUGGUGGUCGAAUAGGAGCUAUGAAGAGUACACGAAAAGAGCGAGUUGCUUGAUAAGUCACUACAACGACAUCGACGUCGUCAGCCACAACAAGACCUUUGCAGUUAACGGUGUACUAACACUAGACGAAAACAUUGCCGACAUUGCCGGACUGAAAGAGGCGUAUUAUGCUUAUCGGCGUUAUGUAGACGUCCACGGACAAGAACCUAGAUUGCCCGGUAUGGAACGUUAUAGUCAUGAGCAAUUGUUUUUCUUGGGAUACGCCAACCAAUAUUGUUAUUAUGACGAGGGAGACAGCCAAUUUGACAAUUUUAACAGCCACAGUCCUAACAUGGUUCGUGUACGGGGAGUCCUAUCACUCUCACCAGAGUUUGCAAAAGCGUGGUCUUGUCCAAUUGGUUCUCCAAUGAAUCCAAAAAAAGAAAAAUGUCAAAUUUGGUGAUUCAUUAAACGACAUCAUAUUUUUUUAAUUUUUUCAAAUUGAUUGUAUAUUUUAUAUAUUUAUUAUUUACAUAAUAAUAUAUUAGUAUGUUAGUUAAUAUUUAACAUAUUUUAUUGUUAUAUUAAAGAUAUAAGUUCCUUUGUAUAAACUAAAUGGUUUACCAACCUUAUUUUUUGUACACAAAUUAUGUAAACAAAAUACACUCGUUCAAGAAUAUUCAUAAUUUAUACAUUGAAAGAGUACAAAAUAUGUUUAGGAAAGAUAACCAAAUUUGAGCCAUUGAAACCAUUAUGGAUAAAAAAUGUAUAGAAUGUAGAUCACCUAUAUACAGAUACAAAGAAUGGAUACAUGUGAAGAAUUACGUUUUUGUUUAAUUGGAGAUAACGGUUAAACUGGAGAAAAAGUAACAAUAUAUUGUACAUUUUUAUUUUAAUAUUCUCUGACGGCCCACAAUGAGAUGAUUGACAAUUUUAGCGUGCCAAAAGUACUAUUUUUAAAACUAAAAAAUUAUUGGUUUUUUUUUUAUCAAUAAUUUAUCUUAACAAUAUUCUGACACUAAAAAUAAAAUUUCAAAAGAAUUAAUUGACAUACACCCGACUAUAUGGCUAAUAUAUAUUAUUUGUAUACUAUUUGAUUAAUAUUUUCAAACUUUUAUAUAUUUUUUUUAUAUUACCUACCUGUUAAUUUUCUCACUUAAAACAAUAAAAUAUAUUUAUAUUUUUUUUUUUGCAAUUUCUAUAAUUUUUGAAAUUUUAAUUGUUUUAAUGGUUUUUUGAAUGAUAUAACGUAAAUUUACGUUGUUUUACGAACUAUUCAAUACAUACAUAUUGUAAAAGAAAUGAAUAGCUAUUUAAAAAUAUGAGAAUUUUUAACACUUAGUCUUAACAGUAGUUUUCAAAAAUAGUUUUCUUUAUAAAUAUAAGGUUUUAUUGUUAAGACA